AUGCGGCUAUCUCUGCUUGCACUUGGUGUCAUGUGGGCUUCCAGCUCCGUGGCCUCUCCAGUGCAGCCAUCCAGUUACCACAAACCAACUUCCAAGGGUUUCCGCAUGCAGCAUGGCUUUGAGACCGUUCUGGUGCAGCCCUUUGGGUAUGAUGGAUUUCGAGUGCGAGCCUGGCCGUUCCGGCAGCCAACGGGCGAAGAGGUUGGUUUUGUCUAUGACCCUCCUCUUGAGGGACCGGAAGAUGGAGAGGCACAUGGAAUGGCCUUCGACACGCUAUUCAACGGCAACCGAUCAGAGGAGCUGCGCAACGGUAACAUGAUCGUUCGCACCUCUGGGUCACAAGGUAGCCCAGCAGGCUACCGUCUGGCCUUCUAUCGAGUCGAGGUUGAUGGCUCGGAAACUCUCCUUACCAACGAGUAUGCGCCACUCAAAUCCCUCAAUCCGCGGUACUAUUCAUGGCCUGGUCCAGGAAGUGAGUUUUCUGCCGAAUUUUCCUUUAGCACGACUCCAGAAGAGCAAAUAUACGGCACAGGCACCCAGCAGGAUCAUCUUGUGAACAAGAAAGGUCUGACAAUUGACCUCAUAAAUUACAAUACCCACAUCCCUACACCAGUGUUUAUGAGUAAUAAAGGAUACGGAUUUAUUUGGAAUAUGGCAUCCACCGGUCGUAUGGAAUUUGGCCCGUUGCGCAAUAGGUUCACUGCAGAUGCAGCAUCUGUUGUCGACUAUGUGAUUGUCGCAUCAGAUCCUAGUGACUAUGACACACUCCAGCAACGUCUCUCUGCACUGACCGGACGGGCACCCACUCCGCCCAACUGGUCGCUCGGUUAUCUCCAAUCAAAGCUUCGUUAUGAAAAUCAAAGUGAAGUGAUCUCGCUCGCUCAGCAGUUCCACAAAUAUGAGAUCCCGGUGUCUAUGAUUGUCAUUGACUACCAGUCCUGGGCUCAUCAAGGAGACUGGGGGCUUGACCCAAAUCUCUGGCCCGACGUAGCCGACAUGGCACGACAGGUAAAAGAGCUGACCAAUGCUGAAAUGAUGGCCUCUCUUUGGCCCAGUGUCGCGGAUGAUAGUGUCAACUAUCUAGAAAUGAUGGCGCAAGGGUAUUUGUCGGCGACUCGGUCUGGUCCCGGUACGACUGAUUCCUGGAAUGGGUCUUACAUUCGCAACUAUGACUCUACAAACCCCGGUGCACGGCGGUUUUUGUGGAAUACCUUAAAAACGAACUAUUUUGACAACGGCAUUAAGAAUUUCUGGAUUGAUCAGGCGGAUGGCGGCUCGCUUGGUGAGGCGUACGAAAACAAUGGUCAGAGUGACUAUAUUCAGUCUCUUCCCUUCCCGAUGCCAGAGGUCUUGUAUGCAGCCGGCACACAGAAGAGUGUGGGAAAGCUCUACCCGUGGGCCCAUCAGCAGGCAAUCGAGGAGGGAUUGCGCAACUCGUCCAAGACAGAUAUUGGGGCCCCGUGUGACUAUCUGUCAUUGAGUCGAUCUGGAUACAUUGGAUCUCAGCGAUUCUGCAGUAUGAUUUGGUCUGGCGACACAACGGCUGUGUGGGAGACUCUGGGUGCACAGAUUGCCAGCGGGCUGUCUGCUGCCGCAACCGGUUGGGGUUGGUGGACACUGGACGCGGGUGGUUUCCAGCAAGAUCCGACAGUCCCUUGGUCCGCAAAUAUCGACCGCCCAGAAUACAGGGAGCUAUACGUUCGAUGGCUGCAGUGGACUACUUUCUUGCCUUUCAUGAGAACGCACGGCUCACGGCAAUGUGACUUCCAGAACGCGUACACCUGUGCGAACGAACCAUGGUCAUACGGCUCCGAGAACACUCCUAUCAUUGUCUCAUACAUUCAACUCAGAUAUCAGCUGUCUGCCUACCUCCGAGCCAUCUUUGCCCAACUUAAUAAGACUGGUCGGAUGAUCAUGCGUCCUUUAUACAUGGACUUCGAGAAAACCGAUACUCGUGUUGCUGGAUGGACACAGGCCAACGCCAACGUCACUACGCAGCAGUACAUGUUUGGCCCACGACUUUUAGUGAGCCCUGUCACGGUUUCAAAUGCGACUGAAUGGUCUGUCUACCUGCCACAAACGUCCGACAACACUUCAAAGCCAUGGACUUACUGGUGGUCCAACGAAACUUAUGCUGGUGGCCAGACAGUCAUCGUUCCAGCACCAAAGGAACAUAUCCCACUGUUCCAUUUGGGAACUCGAGCGGAUAUUCUUGACGGCCGCGUCUUUGCAGAGAAUUGA